AUGGAGGACAACUUUAGUCGAGCAUUGGACGAUAUGUCCACCAGAGUGAAACUGCCUGCUGAAGAAAUCUUUGAGAAAGGUUUACCACAGGUAGAUCCUCCAGAAGGAAGGCAGGCUCAGCUGGUGGAACGCGCAAAGAAUGUCUUUGGAAGUGAUGAUAUCUUUGUCGACACAUCGACCUCUCUCAAGAGGCUGUAUGCCAAAGUGGGUGGAGCUCCACGCAUUACGCCAGAGCACCCAAUCUACUCCACGAAGUUGAAGAGAUUUUUGACUCCAGCGGAAUUUCUUUCUGCGCAAGGUCUAUUCAAAUCUUGCUUCAAAGACUCUGUUUGGCAGCAAAUGGUGACAGUGCCCAAAUUCGGACAAGAUCUAGCUGGCAACUCAUUCUCCAGCACAGUCUGUCAGGGAGCUGUUUUGUCAUCUAUGGCGGCUUGCCCGGAGCUAUGGUUGAAGGCUUCUGGAAACCUUCCAGGUGAAAAAGCAAAAGAUCACAAAAGAAAAUUGGCACCAACUGAGGACCAUCUUGAGCCACCGUUGCAGAAGGCCAGGACGGGCAAUUCCCGUCAGGAGGGCGCAGAUCCAAGCCAGUUCUUGAAACGGAUUACAAAAAAGAGACCGGCGCCCGAAUACGACCAUUUUGUUCAAGACCAUCCACGCAGAAAGAAAGACCCGAAGGGCCGCGCCAAGCGAAAAUACAAAAGGAAGACCGACGGCGUGGACGGCAGGAAGUUUAGCAAGGGGAAGAAAGACACGCUUAGCAUUUGGUCCAAGAUGCAAAUGCUACAAUUCUAUGACCAAGAGAAAGAGAAAGGGAAUCGGAAUGCAGCCAAAGCCACGAGCCAGAAGUUUCCCAAGGGAUUCUACAGGUGCUGCCUGUACAAGUGGAAGCGGGAUCGAGCAGCACAGAGCUGGGACCUCCUGAUCACAGCUGCGCCGACGCUUACCAAGAAGUUCAAGGAAAUCCCCAACCGCCUGAGGCAGAUGAUGGGUCAUCCACUCAAGUUUGUCACACGAUCCGAUGGCAGCCAGGAAGCAACCACCACUAUUCUCCCUCCGGAGCUGCAAGAGAUCACGGCAGAAACAGUCGCUGAGCGCAUAGCCCUUGGAGAAGAGUGUGACUUUCACUUCGUUGCGGAUGUCUUGGAAGCUGGGAUUGAUCAGUGGAAUUCUGCAGUGCAGCGCCUCAAGACACGCUUGUCAAAGCCAGAGACCCUUUGCCAGGAGCUCCAGAAGCAGCUGGUGGAGAUGGAGGGAACAGGCAGCACUGAACCAAUAAGCCAAGAAGGCUUGAACACAAUGGUGGAGGACCUGUCCACAUCACUUGCUCCAAAGCUGCGGAAAGCAGCACAGAGGCUGUGCGGGAAAUCAGGCCUCGGCCCAGAGGCUAAUUCCAAGCCAGGUAAGCAUUUACCUGCCAGCCAUCCAUUGCUCGCAAAGAUCCGAGAGUUUGUCAGAGCAGAGCGAGAUAGCCUCAAGGUUCACGAGAGGCUUGUAUGCAACUUCGACCAGGUUUGGUCUGUCCAAUACAUGCCACAACGAGCAACCUUGCAAGCUAAAGAUGGAAGACAAGAUCCACUCAGGAAGGCACCGCAUAGAGGAGGCAUUAGAUCUUCCUCUCACGGAAAACUGGCCGCCAGAAAAAACCCGUGGUGUAGAUUCUGCAGCCCAUGUCAGUGGGGGCGUUGCAGCUUGUGCACCGGUAGAACAGUGGCGAGAGCCUCGAACAGUGACUACGUUGAGCUGGCUGGACGGCCAUGUUUCCCGAGCCUAUGUAACCAUGCGUGGUGA